UCCCACCGCCUCCCUCCAUCUCCUCUCCCCUUCCCCUCAUCCCUCUCCCUCCCCCUCCACCCCCGGACCCGGCACCAUGGAAAGGAAGCGUCCAGGCAUGCCGUCGGCCACCCGCAUGGCCCCCCAGGGGUCAGCCAUGGGGCCGCCUGGACCUCCGUACGGAGCCAGUCCCACCGCGCGCCCCGGCAACCCCCCACCCAUCCUCGAGCAGUCCCGCAAACGCACAGCACCAACGCAGGUACAGCAGCAGCAGGCAGCCGUGCAGAGCCGGGCCCGCAGCGCCAAGCGACGACGGAUGGUGGACAAGAUCCUGCCCCAGAAGAUCCGGGAGCUGGUGCCUGAGUCCCAGGCCUACAUGGACCUGUUGGCCUUCGAACGGAAGCUGGACCAGACCAUCAUGAGGAAGCGGGUGGACAUUCAGGAGGCUCUGAAGAGGCCCAUGAAGCAAAAGCGGAAGCUGCGCCUCUACAUCUCCAACACCUUCAAUCCCGGGCGGUCGGAUGCGGACGACUCGGACGGCUGCAUCGCCUCCUGGGAGCUGCGGGUUGAGGGGAAGCUUCUAGAAGACACUGGCAAACAGAAGAGGAAAUUCUCCUCGUUCUUCAAGAGCCUGGUGAUAGAACUCGACAAGGAUCUGUAUGGACCUGACAACCAUCUGGUGGAGUGGCACCGUACCCCCAGCACCCAGGAGACGGACGGGUUCCAGGUGAAGCGGCCAGGAGACGUCAGUGUGCGCUGCACCCUCCUGCUGAUGCUCGACUACCAGCCCCCCCAGUUUAAGUUGGACCCCCGGCUGGCCCGGCUGUUAGGCCUCCACACACAGACACGCUCGGCCAUUGUCCAGGCCCUGUGGCAGUACAUCAAGACCAACAAACUACAGGACAGCCACGACAAGGAGUACAUUGCAUGUGACAAGUACUUCCAGCAGAUCUUUGACUGCCCCAGGCUGAAGUUCUCUGAGAUCCCUCAGAGACUAACCAGCCUUCUGCUUCCUCCUGACCCCAUCAUCAUCAAUCACCUCAUCAGUGUGGACCUGAGUGACCAGAAGAAGACGGCUUGCUACGACAUAGAUGUGGAGGUGGACGACCCCCUCAAGUGCCAGAUGAGCAGCUUCCUGCUGUCCACAGCCAACCAGCAGGAGAUCGCCGGCCUGGACAACAAGAUCCACGAGACGAUUGAGUCCAUCAACCAGCUGAAGAUACAGAGGGAUUUCAUGCUCAGCUUCUCCAAAGACCCAAAGUGCUACAUCCAGGAGUGGCUGCGAUCCCAGAGCCGGGAUCUCAAGAUCAUGACGGACGUGGUGGGCAGCCCAGAGGAGGAGCGGAGGGCAGAGUUUUACCAGCAGUCCUGGUCCCAGGAGGCUGUCAGCCGCUACUUCUACUGUAAGAUUCAGCAGCGACGACAGGAGCUGGAGCAAGCCAUUGCGGUGCGCACCACCUAAAACCUUCCCCACUGGAAACUGGACCCACCCAAACCCCCUCCCCCAGCCGUGUGUGAGUGUCCCCCCCCCCAUUGCCAUAUGCCCAACAAUGCCAAGCCUAACAAACGCCCUCUCCUCCGCCCUGUCCACCUGACCAGCGGUUGUCAGGGAACCAUACCCAUGUACCCUGGCUCUCUCCAGGGCCGGACUGUUUACUGUGUACACCAUAAAUGGUAGAGCCAUGAAUUUAUUCCUAAAACGUCACAAAGUGCCAGAGUAACUCAGCGAGUCAGGCAGCAAAUCUGGAGAACAUGGAUAGCCAUUGUUUCCACGUGACAUCCCGAUCAAAAUCAUCAUCUGUCCAUGUUCUCCAGAGAUGCUGCCCGACCCCGCUGAGUUACUCCAGCACUUUGUGUCUUCUUUUGUAAGCCAGCACCUGCAGUAACAUCUUUCUACAUUCUUCUGACACCCAGCUGCAAUAUGCCACCGUUGGUAGUUUAGUGGUUACAAUACAGCUGAUUGGUUAGUGUUUCCAAUUCCCAGUAUCGAUAGUUGAUAAAGAGAAGAGUCUGGGACAGUCCUGUGGAGGCUCCAGUGACUGCCCCUUGUCUCUCUAUUCCAUGCCCAUCAUCCGGAUCACGUCCCAUCCUUCUUCUCCCACAAAUGCUGCGUCUCUUUGACCUUCCAACUGUCUCUGGAUUUCCUGACCCUCGGCACUGUUAAAAAUUCAUUUUUUUGCUGUGUUAAUUCGGAGUCAUGUGGAGAUGGUCCUUGCGUUCAGCCAGACCACUGCUUGAAUGGGUCCUUGGUCCAGACCCCCUGUGAUCAGUGUCAUCAGCUACCGUGGCACGCGUGAUCACUGGCUCCAAGCUCCCUUCUGUUCCCUCCAGCUGUUAACCAGCCUUCAGCCGCUGAUUAACUUGUUCAAGUUCCCCUUUGUUAGUGAGUUUCUGCCAGACUCGCUGUUCUGUCUCAGACUGUCCACUGACCUUCACAGUAUUAACUGUGGUUCCCUUCAGCACAUUCUUGGCAACUUGCAUCACUUUUGGCAAAUUGACUGUCGUGUUCCUCAACCUUCUGCUGCCACGUUGCUGUAAUGACUUUUAUAGCUCAGGGCCUGAGUUACAGGGAGAGGUUGGGCAGUCUGGGACUUUAUUCCUUGGAGCGCAUGAGGCUGAGGGGUGAUCUUAUAGAGGUGUAUAAAAUCAUGAGAGGAAUAGAUUGGGUAAAUGCAGUCUCUUGAUCCCAGGGUAGAGGAGUCAAGAACCAAGGGACAUAGGUUUAAGUUGAGACAGGAUAGAUUUAAUAGGAACCUGAGGGGCAACCUAUUCACCCAGAGGGUGGUGGGUGUAUGGAAUAAGCUGCCAGAGUAGCUGGUAGAGGCAGGUACAAUAACAACAUGUAUAAGAUAUUUGGACAGGUACAUGGACAGGAAAGGUAUUUGGGCCUAUGUUCCAGGCACCCACCACUCUGUACAUAAAUCUGUUCAACACAUCUCCUUUAAUCUCUGCCCCUCUUACCUUAAAGUUACAGCCUCUCAUCUUUGACAUCUCCACCCUGGGGAAAAAGGUUUUAACUGUUUACCCUAUCUAUACCUCUCAUAAUUUUACAUCAGCCUCCAGCAUUCCAGAGAAAACAAUCCAAGUUUACCAAGCUUUCAGGACGCAGAACACCGAACAGUGUAGCACAGGAACAGGCUCUUCGGCCCGCGAUAUCUGAGCUGAACGUGAUGCCAAGACCAACUCUUUGAUCCACAUCACUCCAUUCUCUGCGUAUACAUGUGCCCAUCCAAAUGUCUCUUAAACACCACUAUUGUAUCUAAUAGCUAAUACCCUCUGAUCCAGGCAGCUCUUGGGACCCUGCACUGUGCUGCGGAGUGUGAGUCAUUGCAGAUGGGACGGAUUUAGGCACGGUAGCGCAGCGGUAGAGUUGAUUCCUCACAGUGCCAGAGAUCCUGACUACGGGUGUUGUCUGUACGUUCUCCCUGUGACCAUGUGCGUUUUCUCCAGGUGCUCCAGUUUUCUCCCAUACUCCAAAGACAUACAGGUUUGUAGGUUAAUUAGCUUCUGUAGUUUGUCCCUAGUGUGUAGGAGAGGGCUAGUGUACGGGUGAUUGUUGGUCGGCGUGGACUCGGAGGGCCAAAGGGCGUUUCCAUGCUAAGUCUCUAAAGUAAAAGUAAACUGGGCUCUGCCUCAGUCCAUUGGUGGGUGUGGGGGAGAAGUAAUGGAGUCCUGUAUCUGUCCACUCGGUGGGACAGGGAGCCAUCGCUCCCCACAUCUGUUUGCAGCCGGUGGAAGGAAUGGCUCGGAGGGUUGCUUUAGGUUUAGGUUUGGCACAAGGUCCCGCAGAUGGAAACCUGAUAGAAGUGUAUACAAUUAUGAGAAGCAUAGAGAGGGUAAGCAGUCAGAACCUUUGUCCCCCCAGCACAAAUGUCAAAUACUGUACUACAGGGAAUAGCUUUAAGGUGAAAGGGCAAAGUUUAAAGGAGAUGUGCAGUGCAAGUUUUUGUGACACGAAGGGUGGGUGCCUGGAACACGUUGCCAGGGGUGAUGGUGGAGGCAGAUACGAGUGUGAUUUUUGGAUAGGCACAUAGAUAUGCAGGGAAUGGAGGGAUAUGGAUUUAUGCACAGGUGAGUUUAACUUGGCAUCAUGUUUGGCACAGAUAUUGUUGACCAAAAGGCCUGUUCUUGUGCUGUACUGUUCUAUAUACUGGUUGUCACGUGUACUGAGGUACAGUGAGAAGCUUUGUUUUGCAUGCUAUCUAAACAGAUCAGAUAAUAUACAGUGCCCUCCAUAAUGUUUGGGACAAAGACCCAUCAUUUAUAUAUUUGGCUCUGUACUCCACAAUUUGAGAUUUGUAAUAGAAAAAAAUCACAUGUGGUUAAAGUGCCCGCAAGCCCAGGUGACAUCCUGGUGAAUAUCUUCUGCACCCUUUCCAACUUAAUGACAUCUUUCAUCUAGCUGGGCGACCAGAACUGCGCACAGUAUCGCUGAGUGGGAUGAAGUUUUGGAUCCCUGGAGUUCAGCUUCCAUGAAG